CUGCAGCUUCCGCUUCCAGACUCCUGCCACCCACACACACACUCGUCGUUCAAGGAUAUGGGUAGGGUUCCGAUCUGGAUCGCGUGCGUGCUGCUCCUGGCGGCGACAUGCCAGGGGAAGGGGGCACCGGGGCACAGGGUGAGGGUUGGCUACUACAACCGCAAGUGCCCCGCGGCGGAGAUCAUCGUCAGGUCCGUCGUCGGCAAGGCCGUCUCCCGGAACCCCGGCCUCGGCGCCGGCAUCAUCCGCAUGGCCUUCCACGACUGCUUCGUCCAGGGCUGUGACGCGUCGGUGCUGCUGGACCCGACGCCGGCGAACCCGCGGCCGGAGAAGCUCGGCCCGCCCAACUUCCCCAGCCUGCGCGGCUUCGAGGUGAUCGACGCGGCCAAGGCGGUUCUCGAGAGGGUCUGCCCUGGAGUCGUCUCCUGCGCCGACGUCAUCGCCUUCGCCGCACGCGACUCCGCCUACUUCCUCAGCGGCUACAAGAUCGACUACAAGAUGCCGGCGGGGCGGUUCGACGGGAGCGUGUCGCUCGAGAGCGAGUCGCUGCAGUUCCUCCCCCCGCCCUUCUUCAACCUCACGCAGCUCGUUGACAGCUUCAAGGCCAAGAACAUGAACGAGGACGACCUUGUGGUGCUCUCCGGCGCGCACACCAUCGGCGUCUCGCACUGCUCCUCCUUCACCGACCGUCUGCCCGCGAACCCCUCCGACAUGAACCCAGGCCUCACCAGGCUGCUGCAGAGCAAGUGCCCCGUCAGCCCCAACUUCACCAACGACCCCACAGUGGUGCAGGACAUCGUCACCCCCAACCGGAUGGACAACAAGUACUACACGAAUCUGCUCAAGCGCAACGUGCUCUUCACCUCGGAUGCGGCGUUGCUCACGUCGGGGAAGACGGCGCUGAAGGUGAUGGAGAACGCUUUCAAACCCGGGAGCUGGGAGAAGAAGUUUGCCAAGGCGAUGGUCAAGAUGGCUGCCAUCGAGCUCAAGACCGCUGCCAACGGCGAGAUCAGGAGGAACUGCAGGGUCGUCAACAAGUACUAGGGUUGCUCGCUAUUUUUAGUAUUUAACAUUCGAAUGUGCAUGUAUGUUGUUCUUUUGCUGCAUUCAUUGCAUUUUGUUAGUUUACUUGGAAGCCUGUUUCUUUCGUUUCUUUUGCUUCAUUCAGCUCAUCAGGUUGUAAUUCUAUUAACAUGGUUGUUUUCACAAUAUAUAGGUGACAGAUGCCUGAAUAAAAUAUUCAUUUCCUACUUA